UCUAAACUUAAAGGUAACUCGGACCAAAAUGGGACCCGUUGAGUCUGGCUGUCAAGAAUACACACGUCCCGCGGCCUGACCCUAGUAACGCGUGGAUACAGUCUCUAUAUGCUGGCAAUCGCUACUUAGCGAAUGCUAUCCAACGGUUCGGUUACUUCCCAAAUCUUGCUUUGGGAAUAAAGGGACAUUUUCCUGUGAAAAGAAGUGAUUAAAUUUACGGACACUCUUUCACCUUUCUCCACACACGUAGCAGCUGGUAGGUACGUCUUCUCUAGGGUGGUGGUGCGCUAUAAUCUUUUCAAUAGGUCAAAUCACAAGGCGAUAAAAGAACAAACUGAGUGAAGAAUAGUUGGGUUAAUGGCAGACAAAGGCUGAACGCUAGGAUUGUCCUUAAAUUGAACGUCAGACACUCUUGGGACAUUGUUGGAAGUGAACUUGACCACAACGCUCAAACCAAACCUGAAAUCUUGUGAGGAGCGCCCACACAAAGGUACAUAUAGGUGUCGCCCACUUGAGAAUGGAAGGAAGGAGGUCGGGGUAGAGUCGGGUGGUAACCCGAUUGCUUUUGGAACACUUCCUACCUACCUAGGUAGGUAGGCCGGGGCGGACCAGGUGUUUUCUUUCCAGAGGUGAACGAACCUACGGCACGCCGAGUUUGCUAUUCCAAGACACAACCACCACAGUCAUUCACACGCGUCGCCGGUUGCGCAAAUACCGCUACAAAUGCAAGCUUAGUGGGGGAAGUUACCCAUCGUGAUAACUUCACCCUGACCGUCCUUUCUCCCCAUCCUUUCAUUCCACAUCCCUUCACCACCGCCAUUGGGAAUCAGCAACAACCAUGAAUCGUCAAUCGCCUUCGACCACGGGUCCUCAGGCUUCUAAGGAGAAACGCGAUGAGAAGAAGCGCAAGUCCAAGUACAAGUUAAAGGCCGAUAGUCUCUCAAAGGCUAAGAAAGCCACCGCAGGCACUCCUAUUGAACCAUCUCGCAACGUCCCUGGCAAGCCGCUGGUCGACUUCUUCGUCUUCGCCAAUUUGCCCGCCGAAAUUCAAGAUGAAAUCUGGGAGGUCGUCUGCUUCCAAGACCCGGCUACAAUUUCAAUCAUUGUCGAGCCAGCCACUGUCAAGAUGGUUGGACCCCUUCCCAAUUUCCCCAGUCUCCUUCACGCGACUUCUGGCGCCCGUGGCAUCGGCCUCCGAUACUUUGAGGUCCUGACGAGCUUCGAUGUUUUCCACCGAGAGUCUCUUCACACUGGUCUGAACCUUCAAGCCGCAGCUCUAAACCCUGCUCUUGUCCAAGCUGGUCCUGGUCAAGGCAAUAUUCAUGGUUUCGCUCUUCCUCCGGCUACCCUAAACCCCACUUUUCCAUGGCUAGUACCACAUGCAGCUAUACAUGGAACGCAUGUUGGUCUUCAUGGACAGAUGAAUCAGGCAGCUCAGAUGAUGGGCCAAUUUGGACCUGGACAUGUCCUUGGCACCGCCGGAAACAAUACAACCACAAACAAUGGUCCAUUCACGUAUUACCCUGCUGCCCCAGCUUUGCCAGGAUUUGGACCUGCUCCUGGAGGUGUCAACGAUACCGGAGGAACAUCUAUCCCCGACAAGAACACAGUCAUUCUCAUUGGUGCCUUUCCAGUCAUUUCUGGUAACAUUGUUGGUCUCUGUAAUGAACCAACUGCAACCCACCCGUUUAUGCCUGUCGAGUCUCAAAGAAGUGUCCUUCCGGGCAAACCAGGAUGCUGCAAUUUCUAUUCCAAUUUAUCUGCUGAUAAGUUCAAGCUGCAGAUUGGCGAUGUAGUCCAGUACAACUACCCGACAUUUAGUCUUGCUGAGGAAUCUUCGGUCACUUGUGUGAAGAAUUUUAUCUUGACGGAAAAGCAGCGCCAGGAAGAGAUCUCUGCUAUGCUCAGCAAGUAUGCGGUCCUUCCUGCCUUCCCAGGCUCUGGAAAGCUCCCACCCAUUUUCAAGGAGGUCGAGAAUUUGGUCCUGAAUAUCUCGUUGCCACCCUGCGUCAAUCUGAACGAGUACUCUGAAUGGGCUACCAAGAAUGCUAGAUCAUUCCUCUCCUCCCUAUACGUCCGAAGUACUGUUCGUCGUUUCCCCAACCUCCGAACUCUCGACUUCUACGUUCCCGGAGACCACAAGAUCAAUCCUUUCAGCAAGAUGGCUCUCAAGCACUGGCGUGACGUUGUCGUACGGGACUCUGAUGGCAUGACCUUAAGUCGUUCACAGAUGGGCCUGUUGGAGAUGAUCAUGGCUGUUGAGAUGGCAGCGAUCCGAAAGGAGGUGGGCAACGAUGAAAUCCCAGCCUCAAGACUUCUCGUUUAUGUCCCACAGAAGGCGGGUAGAAUGGAGUUCGAUGCGGACUUCGUCGACUAAUCACUUAUAUUUGAGAUCUCCCGAGUGGCAUGUUGUCGCGAAGGAUUAUUACGGGUACGGGAUGGCACAUAACUGGCGUUAAGGGUGCCUUGAUCUGAUUUGUUUUUUGAAUGAACUGCAAGUGGGUCGGCAGAACGUCUUGAAUCUACAAAAAGGCUUAUUACUUCUAGUAAGCUCCUAUGAAGGAAGUAGGUAGGCAUGCAUGAAGUUUAUCUCACGUCUCUUAAUGGAAAUAAUCUGGAUUAUUUUCUUCCAUCUUAC